AUGAGCAACGACUUCCUUGCGCGCGAGAACGAGCUUCUCGGUGGCGAGUUUGACAGCGCAGGCCUCACCGGCGGCAACAGCGCCGACGACAUCGACUUUGACCGCGCCGCGUCCGCCUUCCCGGACAUUUCGCUCGACGGUUCCGGCGACAUUCCGUCCGUGGUCUCUCCCGCCGUCGCCGCGCAGCCGACUGGUGGAUUCUCAUUUGAUGAUUUUGGGAGUCCGCCGAGGGAGAGGGUGACGGAGGUCAAGGUGACUGGGGACGACGAGAUUGAGAAGUUCGAGGAUCAGUUUCCGGACAUUGAACCCCCGGUGCCCGUGUCUUCAGUGCCGACCUUCGGUGCAACACCGACGUUCGCGCCUCGUCCUCAGCCGUCAGCGCUUGCGUCCACGCCCAUCCUGACACAACAAAUUCAAGAGGAUGAGCCCGAAGUGAUCAAGCAAUGGCGAGAACACCAGGCCGAGCAGAUCAAAGUCCGCGACGAAGCCUCCAAGCAGAAACGUCAAGAGACCAUCGCGAAAGCCGAACGCUCCAUAGACCAGUUCUACGAAGAGUACAACGCUAAAAAGGAGCGUAACAUCCGUGAAAACAAGGUGCAAGAGCAGGAGUACCUUGCCUCACUCACGGACUCGCUCUCGGUCGGCACGACUUGGCAACGCAUCUGCUCCCUUGUCGAGCUCGAGAAUUCUCAGAGCAAGACGUUGGCUCGGGCUGGCCCUGGCGCCUCCGACCUUUCGCGAUUCAAGGAAGUUCUUCUCCGGCUGAAGAGGGAGGGCGACGCCGCUCCGGGCGCAGCUGGAUACUAG